AGUUGGGGAAGUAGGAGACAAAUGAAAAGAAACGCGAUUGACUUCUGGAAACUUUUCUGAUUUGUUCACACAAUCCACCUUCAACCCCGCCUUCAACAAGGAUUACAAUAAACACGAAUCAGGGCUGAGCCAUGGCGAAUAUUCAGAUCCGGAAGUAUCGGGACGAAGACUCGGAGGCGGUGAGGGACACCUACACCAUGGGGAUGAGCGAGCACGUGCCCUCCUCCUUCAUGCACAUGCUGAAACAGCCACCGACCCAAAUGGUGCUCAUGUGCAUUUUUUGCGCCCUCAUCACCAGCUCCAAGUCUUUCCUGUUACCCAUCCUGGCAGUCACCCUGGUCCUGGCUGGGGCCCGGCAGUUGGUCGUCCACGUGUUCAACAGACACAUCGACACCUCACUCAGUAAUGACCUGAAAAACAUCAGCGAGACCUACCUGAAGCAGAAAGACUCGUGUUUUUGGGUGGCUGAAUUCGAUGGAGUGGUGGUCGGCACGGCGGCUUGCCUCCCUGCUGAGAAUGCGCCUGCGUGUUUGGAGUUGAAACGCAUGUCUGUGCGCCGCACUCACCGCAGGAUGGGCAUCGCUAAGGCUCUGUGUCGGACAGUCGCUGAAUUUACUCGUGAACGAGGUUUUGCAGCCGUUUUACUGGUUACCUCUGUGGUGGCUACAGACGCUCAGAAGCUGUAUGAGGACAUGGGCUACAAGAAGAUACGACAGUUUGUUAUUCCUGAGCUUGCUGGCAAAAUCAUGAACUUCACUCUAAUAGAGUACAGACUGGAUUUACAGAGAGAGGGGAAAAGUGAAUGAGUCGUUAUUUAGCUGAAACCCUAAGACUGUUCAAUUUUUGGGAAAGGAACCAUUCAUUUAUGCAGUUUCUAUACUUAUAUUUUGACGGUAUGCUUUGCCUCUAAAGGGAUAGUCCCGAUUGUUUGAAGUUGGGUUGUAGGAAGUACAGUAUAGCCCUUUUGGUCAGGAACUGAAGACGUCAAAUCAAUGUAUGCAUCGCCAAAGCCACCAGACUUUAUUUCCAGUUUUUGCAAAUGGAGUCUUGUGGUAAGACUCCAAAUCACUGCCUCAGUUCUCUGUCAAAAAUAGAUGCCGGAGAGUAGGGCUGUGCGAUUAUGGCAAAAAUCAUAAUCACGAUUAUUUGGGUCAAUCAUUGAUAUCACGAUUAUUAAAUACGAUUAUUCAUUGACUUUGAAAAAAUCCAUUUAUUGAACUUUAAAACAAAUACAAAUAAUAAUUUGAACAGUAUCUUUUUAACUGUUGAUUACCCUGAACGUGUAAUUCAACUGAAAAACCAAUACAAAAAUAAAUGAUACAUUUAAAUAAAUAAUAUCAAAAUAAUAAAUACCAAUAAACAAGAUCAACAAAUAUUUUGGAGCGCACUUCCACAAGCUACUAAACAUAUAUAAAUAUGAUAAAUACAAAUAAAUGAGACCAAAAUUAAUUAGAUCAAAUAUGUUGCAGUGUACUGUCACAACCUAGCAAAGCAAAAUAAUUGUUUUUUUCGAUUAUGUUGUUUUCGUAAUUGUGGCAGGCCAAAAUCGUAAUUGCGAUUAAAAUACGAUUAAUUGCACAGCCCUACCGGAGAGCAUGAUAGGGCAUGAAAAUAUAAAAAAUAUAACAUUCCUUUAAACUGAUAUUAAUCAUUUAAGUGGCUCAAUUACCUUUUUAUGAUCACAGCAGUACAUUGCUUAAUGGCUGGCACUAAGCCAAGCUAUCCCUUUAGGUCAACAAAACACGGAUAACAGUAUCUACAUAAGGAACUGUUUACUCCACACACGCGUAGUAAAGGUUAGCCAUGUUUUCUUUUGUUACAAACACACACGCGACAGAUUGAUCAUUAAUCCUUUCUUUUCUUCUGAUGAUGUUUUGUGUUGAUUAAGCUACUUGAAAGUCAUUUUAUUAUUUAAUUGUGUAAAUGAUUUCCUUUCUACAUGAUAUUUACAAUAAACUGAUCGAUAAACAUAA